UGGGUCUAAUCUGAUCCUUUUUGUACGUGAACCUCAGUUGAAGAGUUCACAGUACAGAGGAGUCGUCUUCCACUUACCUUACCCAAACUUUUGUUGAAGUAUCUGAAGCUAAGCAUGGACUUGCUCUCACUUUCUUCGCCUUUAUCUUCUCAAUUCCAUUUCAUUUAUAAACCCACUUUCUCUCUUCGCUGCAAUUCCUUUCCUCUUUCUUUCAAACCCAUUUCUUCUCUUAAAACCCCUAAAUUAUCUGCCAAAACCCUAGUGCUUCAACAGCAACAUCCACAUGUGCAUUUAUCUUCUGCUCCUCAGACCCCCGCCACCGCCAUGCGAGGCGCCGAGUCCGACGCCAUGGGCCUACUUCUCAGGGAAAGAAUCGUCUUUUUGGGUAACCAAAUCGACGAUUUCGUAGCUGAUGCCAUUAUUAGUCAGCUCUUGUUACUUGACGCUCAAGACCCCACCAAAGAUAUCAGACUUUUCAUCAAUUCUCCUGGCGGAUCUCUUAGUGCCACAAUGGCUAUAUAUGAUGUGGUACAGUUGGUGAGAGCUGAUGUGUCCACAGUUGCACUUGGCAUUGCAGCAUCAACUGCUUCGGUAAUUCUUGGUGGUGGCACCAAAGGCAAGCGUCUCGCAAUGCCCAACACACGAAUUAUGAUUCAUCAGCCUCUUGGAGGGGCUAGUGGGCAGGCAAUUGAUGUGGAGAUUCAAGCGAAAGAAAUUAUGCAUAACAAGAAUAAUAUUACCAGAAUUAUAUCUGGUUUCACUGGUCGUCCUUUUGAACAAGUUCAAAAAGAGAUUGAUAGGGACCGUUAUUUGUCUCCAAUUGAAGCGGUUGAAUAUGGAAUUAUUGAUGGAGUUAUUGAUAGAGAUAGCAUCAUUCCUUUGAUGCCUGUGCCGGAUAAGGUCAAACCAAACUUCAAUUACGAGGAAAUUAGUAAAGAUCCGAGGAAAUACUUGACACCAGAUGUUCCUGAUGAUGAGAUUUACUAGCAUGGAAUGUUUUUAGUGGUAUGAUAAAUUUUCAAUCUCUUUUUUG